AUGAGCUUGCUGUCUGCCAUCGAUACCAGUGCGUCUGUGUACCAGCCUGCGCAGCUUUUGAACUGGGUCUAUCUGUCGUUGCAAGAGCCGCACCAGACCAGCGCGUUUGACGCCUUCAGACCCGAACCCAACUCGUCCCACUCGGAUCACAACUUCAGCAAGACUCCCGCAGCGGCAGACCUCAGCUCCCCGCUCAACUCCAACUAUCUCAACAACUUUUUCCAUCUGCAGCGCAAUGAGGCUUUAAACAACAACGUCUACAAGAACGUGUCUCCCUAUGGCUCGCUCAACAACAUCGUGGACGGCCUCAACUCGCUGACGGACCACUUCUCCGACCUGUCCCUGUCCUCCGAGCCCCGCAAGCCCAACAAGAGACCUCCGCCCAAUUACCUGUGCCACCUCUGCUUCAACAAGGGCCACUACAUCAAGGACUGCCCCCAGGCCAGGCCCAAGGGAGAGGGCCUGACACCAUACCAGGGGAAGAAGAGGUGCUUCGGAGAGUACAAGUGUCCCAAGUGUAAGAGGAAGUGGAUGAGUGGUAACUCCUGGGCCAACAUGGGACAGGAGUGCAUCAAGUGCCACAUCAAUGUCUACCCACACAAGCAGCGCCCCCUGGAGAAGCCUGACGGACUGGAUGUGUCUGACCAGAGCAAGGAGCACCCGCAACACCUGUGCGAGAAGUGCAAGGUCCUGGGCUACUACUGCCGCCGCGUGCAAUAA